AUGGCAGCUAACAGAAGAAGGAGGAACGCUAACGGUGUUGAUGACAUUGCAGAAGGCAUUCAUCGCAUGGUGGAUGCAAUGCAACAACCUAUUCCAGCACAGCCGAGAGUGGCAAUAACACCAGCAAGAGUGCCAACAAUAGAGGAUUUUUUGCGCCAUAAGCCCGCAAAAUUCACAAGUGGGGCCACUCCACACGAAGCUGAUGCCUGGCUUCGCAAGUGCGAAAAGAUCUUUGGAGUGAUGAACUGUGCCGACGAGCAGAAGCUGACCUUUGCUGUGUACUUGCUAAAUAAUGAUGUCGAGUACUGGUGGGCAGGACAGGGAGGCGGAGUUCUUGGCUCUGCAACAGGGGAACAUGUCGGUGCAAGAGCAAUUACCGAGGAGUGGAGAUGCCUCAAGUUUGAGAUGGGGCUCAAGCAUGACUUGAAAGAGGUGGUCACGCCGCUGAGAGAGAGAAAGUUUUCGAUCUUGGUGGAACAAGCCAAGAGUGCAGAGUACCUAGAAAGAGGGUCGAAUCCGGCAAGUCGACAUCAGAAGAAUGUCGCAGAGGCGAGACAGAUGAAGAAACCUUAUAGUCGACCUCAGACUUCUCAGGGCCCCAUGUGUUACCAGUGUGGGGGACCCCAUUUAAAGAGGAACUGCCCUCAAAUAACCGGUGGGGUAGGAGGAUCAGGAGAUCGUCGCAAAUGCUUCAUAUGCGGCAAACCGGGCCACUUUGCCAAUAACUGCCCGAAGAAAAAGAGUAUUGGGGUGAAAAAGCCAGCCGCAUUCCCAGCUGAGAGAGCUAGAGCAAUGGGAAGAGUAUUCGCUAUGACCUCCACAGAGGCUACCUAA